GACAGCCAGCGUGACCCGGGUGCGGGCGGUGCGGGACUCGGUGGGGUUCCGAGCGGCAGCUUGGCCCGCGGCCGGUUGGCUCAGCGCCCGGCCAGCAGGUCCCGCCCCAGCUGGAAUGUAGGGAGCGCCCUCUUGCCUGCACCCCUGUCCCACCUAGCUCAGUCCUCUCGUGCAGCGGCUCGAAGUGCGCGCGUCUCCCCUCCAGCCCUCCCGUUGCAGCCAUGGCCGCCGCAUCCCCGCGGCCCACCGUCCUAGCUCUGAUGGCACUGGCACUGCUCCUGCUGCUCUGCCUGGGCCCAGGUGGCGUAAGUGGGAAUAAACUCAAGCUGCUGCUUCAAAAGCGGGAAGCACCUGCUCCGGCUAAGACUAAAGUGGCAAUGGAUGAGAGCAAGGCCAAGGAAUUCUUGAACAGCCCGAGGCGCCAGAAGCGGCAGCUGUGGGACCGGACCCGGCCGGAGGUCCAGCAGUGGUACCAGCAGUUCCUCUACAGGGGCUUCGAUGAAGCGAAAUUUGAAGAUGAUGUCACUUAUUGGCUUAACAGAGGUCGGAAUGGGCACGACUAUUAUGAUUACUACCAACGUCACUAUGACGAGGAUGCAGCGAUUGGUCCCCAGAGCCUAGACAGCUUCAGGCACGGAGCCGACGUCAACUACGAUGACUAUUGACCAUCGCUCCACACUCCGUGCACCAGCGCCACAGUUGACCCCUUCACUGCCUCGCGCCAUGUGGCUUCUGCUGGGCUUGACUUCAGCAGAUCUUUUGUACCCCCUUUCUGCGACCAGGAAGGAAGAGAUAAAGCAAACACUAUCAGUGCCUUUUGAUAGUUCACGCAAGAACCUAACAAUGCAUUCCAUUAAAAAAUAGAAAUAAAAGCAUUUUGUUAAAGACAAAA